CAGGUUACCCCAGCAGAUGACGGUGCCUUCGGGAUGUACAACUGCACAGCUUCCAACCCGCUGGGAGGGGCUAACAGGGAGGUCCUGCUCAAGGAAGCAGUGUCCCCGGACCCCCCCAGUAAUGUGCGGACCACCGAGCAGACCCCGACGUCCGUGAAGCUGGCGUUCGACGCUCCGCUCAGCGACGGCGGCGUUCCUGUCAAGACCUACGUCGUCCAGUACUCCGUCUCUACCGGGGACAACUCCACAGCUGCCCUCAAGAACUUCACCACAACUGCACCAGCUGGCACAGUUGAGAUUCCGGGACUGAAACCUGAGACGCCCUACAAGUUCAUGGUCGUGGCCAUCAACGAUGUGGGAUCCAGCGACCCGUCCGACCCCCCGCUGGUCAUCUCAACCAAGGAGAUACGUGUACCCUACAAGCCUGCAAUCCUGAACAACACGGCCGACGAUUCGACCCAGUACACGCUGAAAUGGCAGACUCCCAACACAGGAGGGUCGGCACUUACCCAGUACACCAUCAAAUACAGGCCGCUUGACUCGUCCGGCGACUUUGAGACGGUGACGGUUACGGAGACGGGGAAGCAGUCGUACAUCAUCACGGGCCUGUCCCCGCAGACGGCGUACGAGGUCCAGCUCACCGCCUCCAACAGCCGCGGGGAGAGCGCCAAGGCCACCCUGCAGUUCAGGACCGGAGCACCCAAAGCAACAGACCCACCAGGCAUCAUCAGCGAGCGAGCGAGCCCGGGCGGGCUGGGUACCGGAGGGGUCGUGGCCGUCGUGAUUGUGGUGCUCAUCAUCUUGCUGAUCGUCAUUGACGUGGCGUGCUACUUCACGCAGCAGUGCGGCCUCACCAUGUUCGUCUGCGUCAAUCUCUGCGGCAAGGCUCCACCGGGGGGAAAGGCCGCAGACGCAGAGGAGGGCACAGCCACAUACAAGAAAGAGGAAUUGCAGGAUGAUGAGGUGAUCGAGUCGCUGAAGAUUGAGAAGGAUGGAGCAGACAAACCCCUGAUGGACAAACCGCCCAGCCAGACCAGUCUGAAGGACAAGGAAGACCAGCCGCUGACGGAGGCGGAGGCCCCCCCUCCCACCGGCGAUAACCCCUCGCAGGACCUGGGGGAUCCCGAGGGGGGCACCCAGAACCCCGGGGGCGAGGAGGAGGGAAACGAUAACCCCGGGGCGGAGGGGAAUAACCCCCUGGGGGGUGGGGAGAACCCCGGCACUGCCCCCGAGAGUUCUGUAGCACCGCCCGCCGCGCCCGAGAACUCUGAAGCUCCCUCCGCUCCCGAACCUGAACCUUCUCCUGCUCCUGAACAAGAGACAAAAGAAGUCAAUCCAGAGGAGGUAAAGCUACAAGAGAGCACAGGAGACGAAAAGGAGGCACUAGCCUGAUGAUGCCCUCCUCAUAUUCCAGACAGUCACUCUGCACUACACUCACAUCCCACUACAAGACUUACGGCUACAUCAUACAGUAGAGUGUUAACGUUGCAUUCCAGGUGAACUAUAGAUACAUGUAUAGUAUGGUAGGUGGGGCACAUAGCUGCCCAUUGUUUAACUGUUGCUUUCAAACACUGAAACUUGCUGCCAAGUCCAUUCUAUACAGUACUGAGAGAAUUCUACAUAAAUAGGGAUAGUUGUGAAUGGACCAUGUAUGUGUCUGAUGAAGUAAAUAUCAGCAAUCCUAUGUUGGGAACAGUUUUAACAAAGACGUUCUGUUGUUUUUCUCUUUGUUCAUUCCAUCAUAAUCAGUCCUCAAAUCACUGUGGCAAAGUUAUCAUUGAAGUAAGAAGUCACAGAGGACGCGCCGUAGCUUUGUGUUGUUGUAAAAAGAAAGAAACAAAUCAGACGAGAACAAUUUGGAAUCGCACACUUGAUGUAAAAAUCGGCAAAAUUCUAAAAGUUGUCAUGAUAAGCAUUUUUUUUCCACGAGGCAAAUAUUGAAACAUUGUGAAGGAAGUCAAAAUAUCAUAGAUGUAAGACUCAGACCCCAGAAUACGUUAGCUGGGGCUACAGUAUACUUCUCAGUUCAAAGUUUUUACUAGUUUUAGCUAGAGACGUUUUGUGAAACAAGGUAUCCAAGAGGAAGGUUAUAUUUCCAGUAGACAGGCAUGAAUGGAGCAAAUACGAGUCGUUGUGACCUACCGAUACUUAAAACUAGCCUCUACCAGACUUUGGGAGGCGGCUGGAAAGAGAAAUCAGCCAAAUAGAGAGAUAACAUGGCAAGGGAGGUCAGGUCUGCAGGAAAGUACAGUUUGCCGCUCCCUCGGCACGCUAUCUCUCUCUAUUUGGCCGGUUUCUACUCUUUCCAGGUGCCUCCCGAAGCCUGGUAGCGGCUAACUUAAAACCACUGCAAGUGUGACCAGAGACAAGUUUUUACAGAUCCUAUGGAUCGCUUGUCGCCGUCACAUGCAAAAAAAAACCUGCAACUCCACCGAUAUCAAACUGUGAUCAGUACAACAGGAGGUACUUUCCAUUGGCUCCAAUUAGGACCAUGUAGGCCUCUCUUAAUCAAGAUCUAUCUCCACUGUCAGCUGGAACUAUUGAUCUGUGAAACACUUUUCUGCACUAAUAGUCAGACCAGCAGGCCGGUGUGCAAAUUGCUGUAGAUCUUGCCAGCUAUCAUGAAAGUUCAUCUGUGUUGGUAGUUACAUGUUUAGAGUUGAAACUUUUCAUCCAACACAAAGAAGUUCUCUCACCUAGAGCUUUUCGACCAGUCACUCCGGUCUUCCUCAGUAGACUGACCCAGUCAGGCUUGUCACGUGGCUUCUUUGAAGUGUGACGUGAACACUGGGUCCACAACUUUGACUACAGCACAACAUUGGAGGGUGCAUCCCUCUCCCAAAUGAAGUCAGGUACCCAGGCCAUUUAACACCUGGUUGGAGUGAGGAAAGCUGUGUAAAAUGCCUUUCGCAAGGACACAGCGUCUAGCCAGGAAUGCCAGGGAUCGAAAGUGUGCUCACCUUGCACAUGCGUGCGGCAGGAAUGGUGCUGAAUGUUCCCAGCAGGUUGGCUUUCACGCCGGGCGGCGGCUCAAACACAAACACUCGCCCGGCUCUCAGCAGAUUCACCGGCACCUGGGGGGGGAAAGACAACACAAAACUUAAAACCAGCAUCUGGAACACAAUAUUAUCAACACCUUCACAAGCUUUCACUGGGUCAGUCUACUGAGGAAGACCAGAGUGACUGGUCGAAAGCUCUAAGGUGAGAGAACUUUUUGUGUUGGAUAAAAAGCUUUAACUCUAAAACAUCUUUCCAGCUGUUGCAAUAGAGGACUGGAAUCGUGCAAUGCAGCCGUAGCAAGGGGGGGAUGAAUUACGAAGCUUUUGGGUGAAAAAAAUCAUCAGUAUGCAAACUAAGGAAGCUGCAGCUUGUGCAAAGUGAUAGGAUGUUGUAGAAUCGAGGGGAGAGAUGUGCAUUGUUCCUGUAUCAGGGUCAGCUCUACAGUACCAGUAUUGUUCGCUUGUAGAUUGAUUUGGUUCCUCUGUACCAUACCAGUAGCUGUGUCCUGGAUACAUGAUAUAUUAAGGAUGAAGUGUUGGUGGCAUGGUGCAAAACUGUUUCCUCUCGGUGCAAAACUGUUUCUGCUCCCCACGUGUGCGUGCAUUACUGAGGUCCAUGCUGGUUGCUAUUUUUACUCAAGCUUUCCAAGCUGUUUUAACCUGCUGCUGUACUUUUAUUUGAAUCACGGCCUGAAUUUUUGCUUCCUGUUGCAAGCUUGUACUUAAUUUCUUAAAAUUUCUUCAAGUCGACUUGUGUUGCUUGACUGUCCAUGUUGACAGUCCUGGACUGUCCAUGUUGACAGCAAAAUGAUAGCUGUAACGUUACAAAAUUAAACCUUAACACAAGCAUGGCUAUACUUCUCGUGAUGCACACAUGCUGGGAUGGGGGCAUAGACACAUCUGCAUGCUAACUUCAACCAUAUUGUUACACAUUUUCUGAAGAAAACAAAAAAUAUACCUACAUGCUAACUUUGACAAUAAUGUUACACAUUUACAGAAAAAUAUACAUGCUAACUUCAGUCAUAUUGUUACACACAUUUUCUGAGGAAAACAAAACAAAAAGAGCAAAUUUAGUCUGCCUAGAACCUUUACCGCUGGCCGCUAGGGAGUGCGCUAGUCUCCUGACUAGCACCGACUAGCGCUAAUCUCCAGACUAGCAGAGUCAGCGUUUGUAGAUGUAUCUUGUGGUGUGGUUUCUUCUCUGUGACUCUCCUGUUGAUAAUGAGUGCUGUGAGGUCUGUUGGUGCUGGUACAUCAGUGGUAGAAAUACUUCUUUUUUUUAAAGGUGUUCUGCAAUAUUGCAGGAUGUCAAAAUUUUGUUCUGCAAUUCGGAAACACUUUCUGCAAAUACACACUUAAAAGUCUGGAUCUAAACCCUUGGCAUAUACAAAAUUGCAUGUCGGCAACAAUUUUACAUGCAAUUAUUUGAAAAAUACAUGCAAAAUUAGUUGUACAAUGUAUAUUAUAGAGUCAGUCGUUACCACAAAAGCUCCAUCGAACCCCAAGCCUGAUUUUCUCAGUCUGCAAAAUUGCAGGUUGCUUAAUUUUUCUUCUGCAAUAUUGAAAAUGUCUGGAAAAUACAGACUGCAGAUGGGUAUUUCUAACACUGUACAUCCAUGCCUGUCUUGCCCAGGAGCAGACAACGGUCACGGGUACUGUUGUGUUGCAGAUGUCUCAUCCCCUUUUUAUAUCGAUGCUUGCCAUUUGGUACUAGUUUCCACCAGAUUUUCCUAAGGGGUUAGGGUAGUAGAGUUCGGUAAAAUUAGGGUCUGACUGGGCAAGGGAGUUGGUCCACCGUUGGGGUUUCUUUUCCCCUUGGCUAAACUCCUAGUCUCCACCAGACUUCUUUUGCAGGCUGAGUAAGUCAUAGAAAUCGGCCUAAAAAGGGCAUAUGAUAGGUCCACGGCCAAGCGGACCCUCAACGGCCAGGAAACUCCUUUGGCCAAUUAUGUGCCCUUUUUAGGCCAAUUUCUACGAUUUUAUUCAGCCUGCAAAAGAAGUCUGGUGGAGACUACUAAACUCCCCUGGCCAAGUAUUCUUGGUCCCUAUUUGUCUAAAUUUUACUGUUUAAACCCCACAGUGUUAAUCUGGUGCAGACUAUAAUUUAGUACUGUGUUUUUUUCUCUCUUUAGCGAGCACUUAUUUGUUGCAUUUUAUGAGAAGAGUGGAUCUCAGUUUUUCAGUGCCAAUGUUUACUGUGCAGAAAGACUAUGUUACAUGAUGGUUGUACCAUAAACUGGAUUUAUACUUUCUUGUGCAGUUCACCACUUCUUACGCUGAGACUAUUGAACUACUGUAGCACAGGAGUCAGGGGACAUGUUUGAACUGUAAUAGCUCGUUGUUAUAUGUAUAUUUGGAGUAGUCUAUUUUUGUUAUUGUUUGUUAUUACCAUGGUUACUCAUGCACUCUUUUAUUCAAUGAUUGUAUCAUUGUGUUAUUAAAUGAAGAAUAAAAAUUUCCUGUUGAAGUAGUAGUAUCGAUAGUAGUACAUUUAAUGUGUGCACAAACGUGUAUCUAGAGCACAGUGUUACUCUAAACUUGGAUAGUCAAAUUAAAUUCACUUUCUAGAGUUGUGCGAGUCUUUUUUCAGACCAAAGCGGCCUUUUUGAGUAUUUUUAUUAAAGACUGUAUCUAGAUCGAUGUUUGUUGUUUGGAAAUAAAGUGUGACAUGUAGGA